AUGCGAGGGACUAGGGAAAUAGGGGGUGGCCGACGCGUAGCUGUGAGGAGGCAGGUAGCACUUAUUUACUGCUCCCAUCCCAAAAAGCCCGAGCUGGAUAUUCAUCUCGCAACCUCGGCAAACCAAUUCUUUGUCCUGAACCCGGUGUCGCGGUCCGUCCUUGAUCACUUACUCGAGUUCAACAAAGAGUUCGGCGAUAACCCUUACCUGCGACCCCACGUUUUCACGACCGAUGUCUUUUCGUUGGUGAAGAAUUAUUCACCUCUGCCCCUUGAUGCACGAAAGACAAUCCUCCGGGAGGUCUGUCCUGGGUUAAGGGACAUGCAUGCAAGGAACUGGGUACAUCUUGGUAUGCUAGAUAAUGUUUUUGCCAACUGGCACAUAGAUCGACGCGGGCAAUUCCAUCUCCACAAGGUGGCUCUAGGUGACUUCGAUGUCGCUCUGAAGCUAGAAGACGGAAAACUCUUCAAUCACAGGAUAGGAAACGUCAUGUGGCGCAGCCCCGAAGGCCAGCUAGGAAAGGGUGUGGGCAAGCAUUCUGAGGUGUUUUCCUUUGGACUCCUUUGCUUCUACGUCACCACGGGCGUAGAAUGGCUCCACCCCGACUUUGAAACGCUAGAGGCCGUACCAGUGUUGGUGACUCUAUACAAGCUGCUCUCGCCUUUUGGGCCUCUACCGCAUGCACUCGUCAAGCACGUCAAAGGCGCCAAAUCCGAGGAGCUCUUGAAAGCCCUGUGGGAAGCAGUAGCAGAGGACGAGACGAAUGAAACGUUCGAUACGCCGUCAGUAUUUCGCAUGACGAACCUGGAUCCUGUGAAAAGGGUAUCGAUGUCGGAAAUCAUGGCGGAUCCCUACUGGAACUUGGAGGACGUUGACUGA